AUGCCGGGCUAUAGUGUUGACCGGUUUCCCGACCUGUCGGCUGAAGAUCGGGAAGAAUAUACGUGUAGUAUAUGUCAGGAGAUAUUCAACACUCCGGUCACUACAAGUUGUUGUUUACAAACCUUUUGCGAUGAAUGUAUCACUGAAUGGCUUAAGACAAACACUACCUGUCCUUAUGAUAGGAAACCAAUGACAUCUAGUCAAUUGUCACGGGCAUCAAGAGUGUUGGUGAACACGAUGGGUCGGUUUAAAAUACGUUGCGACUAUUGGGAUAAAGGGUGUCGACAAGUGACUAAAUUUGCCGAACUGCCACAACAUACAGUAAACUGCAGUUACAGUAUCGUGAUGUGUGCCAAAUGUCAAAACGUGAUGACAUUGGAACACGAUUGUAUCGAGUUGUUACGGGCCGAGAUUGAGGCGUUAAAACUCGCUAUUAAUGACCGUGAUCAUACUCGUAAUAAUCAGCCCGUAGCCAUACCAUUAUCGUCAAACGUAUCAGAACAAACGCCAAUAUCAACCAUGUCUGAUUACGAAGUACUGAAUAAAUGCAGAGAUAAACUGCACAAUAUUGAAAUAUUGGAUAACCAAAUGGAUGCCAAUAUGAGUAAAAAAGCGAUGGUCAUAAUCAAGAAAGAGUUGGCCCAACAAAACAGUAUAUUCGUUGUGUGUAAACACGUGACCCAACAGAUGGAACUCGAGUACGGCUGCAAUUGGAGCUGUAGUGCCAAUUGGGACACCGGAUAUAAGAGUUACUUUACGGUAGUGGGUGGAAGAUAUUUGCGGGUGAAAAUUGCCAUGAUCACAAUAAAAUUGUAUCAAAGCCCAAGGCUGAAUUGGAAUACGUUCAAAGAGCGAGUUAAAAGUAAUAAAAUAAGCCGCAAACUAGAUAUUGUCAAAACUGAUAUGAAUCAGACUAUGGUAUUGAAUGUGACGGGCAUUAUAUUCGACGCCAUUGAACGUAAAGGCAAUAUCAAUGAUACGGCUGAAGACAUUCACGAUAACAUGCGGAAACGAUAUCCCACCAAAAAAUAG